AUGGAGGCUUAUUUGAACUGGAAUAAGCGCUAUGAAGUAAUUCUAGGUGUUGCUAAUGCACUUAAUUACCUUCACAAUCACGCUCCCAUUCGGGUCAUACAUGCUGAUGUCAGACCUCAGAACCUUCUUUUCAAUGAAAGUUUGGACCACAGACUAUCGUAUCUGGGGUCCGCAAGACAUUUAGCAAUCAACGAGACUGAUUAUGUUAUUGUGGAUAGAGUUAAUGUCACCACGGGAUACAUGGCACCGGAGUAUAUGAUAGAAGGUUGUCUCUCAACUAAGGCUGAUGUCUUUGGGUUUGGUCUCUUUAUUUUAGAAAAUGUUAGUGGUCAAAGAAACUACCUGCGCUUUUCCGAGACCAAUGAAAACUUUGUGCAAUAUGCAUGGGCAAAUUGGUUGGAAGGGACCUGUUUGAAUAUAACGGAUCCUACAAUUGAUGCCGACUCAAGUUUGAUAUCUAGACUCAUCAACAUUGGGUUGCUGUGUGUUCAAGCAAAUGCAGCUGAUAGACCCACAAUGGAUGAAGUUGUUGGCAUGUUUGCCGCUCCUUCUAACACUCUCCAUCUUCCAAAAAAUCGAGUGUCCUCAUGGAUGAUGGAAGAGGAUUCGGAUUAUGCAAAUGGUGUGUCUGAUGACUACGAUGUGGGAGCAGCUGAGGAGUUUGUAUCACAGCUAAGCCCACGAUAG